CAGCUAACCAACAGCGACCCUUAACCUCACUGCACAGACAACUGCGUAAACAAACAACAAACUAGUUAGGAGGAGACUUAAUGUGACUUAGAAUCAACAAUUUCCACUCACUUAGUUUAUCAUUAAUCCAAUCUAACACAACACAACACAACUUUGUCAGUAUUAAGACACUCAAACUGUAAAUGUAUCAUUUCCAACUCUAGUGCAUCACCCAACAUGUCUCGCCCGGGACGACUCAACUCUGCUAAACCAGCUGAACCUCAGGCUGUUGCAUCCCUCUCGCCACCAAACCAAGCGAGAGCUAAAUCAGUCAGUAAUAAGAGGCCACUGGUUACCAACACCAAUGCCAGAAGUAAGGCUAACUCUAUAGCUAAACCGAAAUCCCGAGGAGAAGAGGUUGCUGUUACGCCCGUAUCUCGCUCUUCUUCUGUCUCUGCUGUCCAUCCAUUUGUUAAUAGGCUGCCGCCCCGCCCUGUGGCGGGGGAUUCGAAUUCUGCCAAAAUUGGAGACGCGAAGGAUAUUAGCAAGACGUUUGAAUUUCAGGAGAAUUUGAUUAAGGAUUUACAGGCACAAGUUUUGGAUUUGAAGUUGGAGCUGCAUAAAGCGCAUACGUUGAAUCAACAGCUUAAGCUUGAACUUUCCUCCAAGGUUUUGCAAACUCAGGAAUCAACUAAUGACAAUCAAAGCCAUAAUUUCAAGGACAUUCAGAAACUCAUUGCAAACAAAUUAGAAAACUCUACAGCUAAAAAGGAUGUAAUUUCAGUUAUCACACCAGGCCCACCACCACCACCAAUGCCAAUGCAUCUCCUGUCCAAAGUAGAAAGAAAUUCUCCAUCCUGCUCCUUACCUCCACCGCCCCCGCCUCCGCCUCCAAUGCGGCCCGUUUCCAGGGCAUUAUCUGCUCCAAAAACUCCUGCAAUUGUAGAAUUCUAUCACUCCUUGAGAAAGCAGGAGGAGAAGAAGGAUGUUCAGGGGCAUGGGAAUCAGUAUAAAGCUACGGCGAAAGAGGCACACAACAGCAUAGUUGGAGAGAUUCAAAAUCGUUCAGCACAUCUGUUAGCUAUAAAAUCUGAUGUUGAAACAAAAGGUGAUUUCAUUAAUGGACUUAUUAAAAAAGUGCUAGCUUUGGCCUACACAGACAUUGAAGAUGUGAUGAAUUUUGUGGAUUGGCUUGAUGGAGAACUCUCGAAACUGGCUGAUGAGCGGGCUGUCUUAAAGCAUUUCAGUUGGCCAGAGCGGAAAGCGGAUGCCAUUAGAGAAGCUGCUAUCGAGUAUCGGGAACUAAAACGAUUGGAAAAUGAGUUGUCUUCCUUUAAAGAUGAUGCUAGCAUUCCAUGUGGAACUGCCUUGAAAAAGAUGGCCGUCUUAUUGGACAAGUCAGAGCAAGGAAUCGAAAGGCUCAUUAAACUUCGAAACUCAGCUUUACGUUCUUACCAGGACUGGAAAAUUCCAACAAAUUGGAUGCUAGACUCCGGGAUGAUGAGCAAGAUAAAGCAGGGGUCGAUGCAGCUAGCGAAGAUGUACAUGAGGAGAGUCUUAAAGGAGGUGGAAUUGGGAAGGAAGUCGGAGAAUCAAGAAGCAUUAGUACUUCAAGGAGUGGAUUUUGCAUACAGGGCUCACCAGUUUGCCGGAGGUCUGGAUUCUGAAACAAUGUGUGCAUUUCAAAAGAUAAGUGGACACCUAGGACCAGGAUCUCGAGCUGCGGUAGCAUCAUCAUGACAAGCUAGGCAGCAAAUAAUUUACGCAAACUGUAGUUUGUUUAGUUUCUUUGAGUAAGAAUAUUUGCUUUACCA